AGACAUAAUAAGUAAAAGAUAAAACUGCUGUGUCCGCAUUGUACUGGUAGAUUGUUUACGGGCCCUAAAGGGUUUUUUUUUUUUUUUGCUUAUAACUCAAAAUAGUUCCAUUGUAAAAGCCAAGCCUCUCUAGAGGCUCUUGGUCACGUGUUUCCUUGACGAUAAUCAUAUCUUCAGCUUUUUCGAGUGAGGAAACAACAUUAUUAUUUUGGAGAAAAACGUAAUAAUUUCUAGUGAACGAAAUUAUUUCGAGAGAACAAAAUGAUUCUGAAGGAAUGAUUAUUGUAUUAUUUAAAAAAAAACGGAAGGUUAUUUCGAUUGAAAUGAAUGAUUGUAUGUAAAAAAAGUACUAUUUCGGAAGAAUUUGUAAAGAUUUGGACGUAGCUACACAACCAAGCAGAACCAGACAAAGUAAUCAUUCUUCUCUUUGAAAAGUGGAAAAUACUGAGGUUGUUAAUUCUGAACAAGACAGAAAUAUUCUUACGUUAUUAAAAAGUGGAAUAAGUUACUAGUAAGCAGUUAAUUACGUUACAUUCCCGAUCAAGAAAAAUACCUGCACUCUUAUUGUGGAAUUUCAUGAUCCGUUUAGCAGUGACAAUUACCAGGUGACAGGAUAGUUGUAGAUGCACAUGAUUAAGAAGAAUCGAACAAUAUAAUAAAACAAGAAUAAUUGGUGAAGACCCAAAUUCCCACUACCAAAUCCAUCUCUAUUGAGACGUGAUACAACUGAAAAUCAUUAACAAGAUAUUAUUAGUUCAUGUGUGUUGAAGAUGGGAUCAACUUUUGCAAAGUUUUUUUCAAACAUAUUUGGCAACAAAGACCAGAGGAUAUUAAUGGUUGGUUUGGAUUCUGCAGGAAAAACUACAAUUUUGUACAAGCUUAAGCUUGGAGAAAUUGUCACGACAAUUCCAACUAUAGGUUUUAAUGUAGAAACAGUACAAUAUAAAAAUAUCAGCUUUACAGUAUGGGAUGUUGGCGGUCAAGACAAAAUCCGACCUCUCUGGAGACAUUAUUUCCAAAAUACACAAGGUUUAAUCUUCGUAGUAGAUAGUAAUGACAGGGAACGAAUUGGAGAAGCAUAUGAAGAAUUGAAUAGAAUGCUAUAUGAAGAUGAACUUAGAGAUGCUGUACUUCUCGUAUUUGCAAACAAGCGGGAUCUGCCAAAUGCAAUGACUGCUGCUGAACUUUCAGAAUCUCUAGAUUUGCAUUUGCUUCGGAAACGCCCAUGGUACAUCCAAUCAACAUGUGCUACUACUGGCGAGGGGCUCUAUGAAGGUCUUGAUUGGCUAACUGCGCAGCUUAAUUCCUAGAAAUGAAUUCUAACUAGCUAACUAACAGAGACAGAAAAAACAAAUUUAAUAAAAAGGUAGUUUAAAUAAGCUGUUGGAAAGGCAAUGGUAAUGGUGAUGGUAAUGGUUGGAGACUUAUAUAGCGCAUAAUACAUGGUCUGUAUGCGCUCGGGACUAGAUGUCGGUCAAUAGUCUUCCGUCUACGUUUUCCAUUCCAUUUAACUUGUCUACUUUGUUUUUUCCUUUAUGAAAUCAAAUAAAACAAAAACCAAAAACAAUUUAAAAAAAUCUUGAAAAUACAGUAUUCCUACGAUAAAACGAGUGGUUUAAAUGGUUUCUAUAUUUUCUAAAAUGUCUUUUUUUUGUUUAUAUUAUUACUGUAGCAUUUUCAUUAAAAGUGCAUUCAGAU